AUGAGAAUGUUUUUGAAGAGGUUUAUGAGUGUUAGGAAAAAAGAAAGAACGACGGAUUUAGUUAUGAUAGCUGUCAGAGAAGGUUUUAGAGGGAUAGAUACUGCUUGUCAACCUAAACAUUACAGAGAAGAUCUUGUCGGUGUCGCAUUAAGAAAUCUAUUCGAUGAAGGGAUCGUCAACAGAGAUGAUAUGUGGAUUCAAACAAAAUUCACACCUCUAGACGGACAAGAUAUCUCUCAACCAUUACCUUAUGAUCCCAAAGCUUCUCUAGAUGAACAAAUAAGACAAUCACUCGAUAAAUCAAUACGAAAUCUUGGUGUUGAUUAUUUGGAUUCUGUCAUUUUACAUUCGCCAUUACCUACGAAAGAGGAAACGCUAUUGGCCUACCGAACCCUUGAAGAAUUAGCAGACCAAGGUAAAGUCCGUACAUUGGGUAUCUCAAACAUAUACGAUCCUACUCUUUUACAAUGGCUCAUCAAUCAAGCUAGGAUAAAAGUUGGGGUGGUUCAAAAUAGAUGGUAUGAAGGUAAUGGAUGGGAUUGGUCAAUAGCUGGAUUUUGGAUUAUCCCGGAAAACCUAAGACUGACAUUCAGAUGGGGUAUAACCCCUUUAUGCGGAGCUACAUCUCUUGGACAUAUUCAAGAAGCUAUCAACUCUACCGAGAUACAUCAUAUAAAAGCUGAUAUACCGAAAGCUAUCGAAUUACAACAAAUGAUGAGAAGACCGUGA